AUGGACAGACAAACUUACACUCAGAAGAGAAAUGCGACUGGUCAUCAUGCUAAAACUAACACCGAUGAACAUAUUUUUUCAAGCUCUCUUGACGAUUACGAAAUCCAUAAAAAUAGGCCUAUAGGAUAUGGCGCGUCUGCCGUUGUAUAUAGUGCCUUAUAUAAGCCGCUUAACAAGAAAGUAGCUGUCAAAAUUAUUGAUUUGGAUUAUUUUGAACGAAAUCAAAUUGAUGAAGUUAGGAGAGAAACGCAAUUAAUGUCCUUGUCAAAACAUCAAAACGUAUUAAGAGUUUAUUGCUCUUUUGUCAACGAAUCGAAGUUAUAUAUUAUAACACCAUACAUGUCAGCUGGUUCCUGCUCAGAUAUUAUGAAGUCUUCAUAUCCUGAGGGGCUGGAAGAGACAAUUAUAGCCACCAUUUUGAAACAAGCACUUCAAGGAUUAGAUUAUUUACAUAGAAAUGGUCAUAUUCACAGAGAUGUAAAAGCUGGUAAUCUUUUGGUGGAUGAAGAUGGAUCAGUAUUACUUGCUGACUUUGGUGUGGCGUCUUCUCUAACUGAAAAUGGUGAAAGGAAAGGGCUUCGGAAAACUUUUCCAUGUUGGAUGGCACCUGAAGUUAUGGAACAUGAAGGAGGAUAUGAUUAUAAGGCUGAUAUUUGGUCUUUUGGAAUAACCUCUCUUGAAUUAGCAACAGGUCAUGCACCUUUUGCAAAAUAUCCACCACUCAAAGUUAUCAUGGUGACACUAUCAAACGAUCCCCCCACUCUUGAAAGAGAUUCAACUAAACAUAAAUAUUCAAAAUCGUUUAAAGAAAUGAUAGAUUCAUGUUUGCAGAAAGAUCCAACAAAAAGGCAAGCUAAAAAAAAGGAAUACUUGUAUAGUAAAUUAUUGCAAAGUUUACCACCAUUAGAAGAUCGGCCACACAAAAGGGUUCAGCAAAAGCCUAUUAGCUAUACUAAAGGAGUUACAUGGGAUUUUGCUAUUGAUAGUGAAUAUCGAAACGAAGAUACAUUAAUUGAGACAGAAGAUAUGAAAGUAAAACAAGACAAAAAAGCUGUAAAAUUUACAAUGCAAUCUGAAGAAUCUGAAAUUGAUAAUUCAACUAAUACUCAGCCAAAAAAAUCCAGAUUUUCAGUCGAAGGACAACCACAAUCAGAAGAGAUUAUAAAAGGAAGAUUCAGUAUCAUUGAAAGUAAUUCAUCGAAAGAAAAAUCAACCCCAAUAAAUUUACCAACUGAAUCGGAUAGUAAUGGUCAAAAAAUAUCUUCGGUGCAAGAACAAUCUAAUGAAAGUUUAUCAGUUAUUCCAUCCACAAAUACCCCUAAUGAAAGUCUUCUCCAGCUCCCUUCAUCACUAUCCCGAGAUUCCUCUUUACAGAGUGAUUCUUCUUCAAUUGAGGAGAUUUCUCAAGUCAAAAAUAAUCGAUUCCAAUCUGGCAGUAGCAUUAAUACUGAAUCAUCUACCAUCAAAAAUACAGAAAAAAUAGUGGGCACUAAAAAAGGUAGAUUUGAAGUAUCAAAUUGA